AUGACCAACAAUACUCAUCAACUCUCUCAUCCGGCAUGUUUUGAAGGAUUGGCUGGUGCUUUAAUUUCCAUGAUGGAGGAUCAAAUCAUGCACGGAAUUUUAGGAUUACCAUUUAUUAGGGAAAUGAUGGAAGGAACAUUGAAUCAAAACAUUUUCCGAUUCUAUAUUAUUCAAGAUACAAUUUAUUUGCAAACAUUUAGUAAGAUUUUUGUGUUGGCUGCAACUAAAAUUGACUUGUUGAAGGAAGUGAAUGGAGAGGCACAAUAUUUAUUCUUGUUGGAGCAAUCGAAAGGAGCACUUGAAGAGGCUGCCAAUUUACAUCACGAAUACUUUAAAAAGUGGAAUAUUGAUUCGGUGAAGGAUGCAAAGGCUUCAAAAUCAUGCCUCCUCUAUACAUCAUUCUUGUUGGCAAGUGCUAAUUCCGAUACUUUUUUACAAACCUUGUGUUCAUGUUUGCCUUGCUAUUAUAUUUAUUACAGAGUUGCUCAAUAUAUUACCAACAAGAUGAUGAAUGAAAGUGGAGAAGUAUUAUUGACAGAUUCGCAUCCAUAUGCUGAUUGGAUCAAGUCGUACUCUUCUGAUGAAUUCAAGAAGGGAGUUGAACAAUUUUCAGCAUUUAUUAAUACAUAUGCACCAACAGCAUCAGAAAGUGAAAAGGAAAAGUGUUUUGAAAAUGUGAAAAUGGCAAGUCAAAUGGAAUAUUUAUUUUGGGAUUCUGCUUAUUAUUUGGAAGAGUGGCCAGUUGAGGAAAUUGAACGUAGACAAGUGAAAAAUCUCAAUCCUGUAGCUCCAAAAUCCGCAUUGACCAUUGCUGGUUCUGAUUCUGGAGGUGGUGCUGGUAUUCAAGCCGAUUUGAAUACUUUCCAUGCUCAUCACUUGUUUGGCACAAGUGCUAUUACUGCCCUCACUGCUCAAAAUACUUUGGGAGUGCAAGGAGUAUUCCCUGUUUCUGCAGAAUUUUUGGCAAAACAAAUAGACUCUGUCAUGAGCGAUAUCAAUAUUGUGUCAGUUAAAACUGGAAUGCUGUACAGUUCUGAAUUAAUUAGAGUUGUCAUUGAAAAACUCAAACACUAUAGAGAAUUGAAUCCAAAUAUUAAGGUAGUUGUUGAUCCAGUGAUGGUCUCAACUAGUGGGCAUAAUUUAUUGAAGGAUGAAGCUGUAGAUGCGCUUGUUAGAGAGUUCUUCCCUAUGGCCACACUCAUCACUCCAAACAUUCCAGAAGCUGAGAGAAUUCUAGAGCUUACUGACUCACCAUUCAAGAUUACCACAGUUGAACUUUCCAAGAAGGCUGCCAAGACAAUUUCAGAAACAUUUGGUAUUAGAAAUGUCCUUGUUAAGGGAGGCCACUUGAUUAAUUCAGAAUAUGCAGUUGAUAUUUUAUAUGAAAGUGAGGCUGACAGAUUUGUUUCUCUUCACGCCAAUUUCAUUCAAUCAAACAAUACUCACGGUACUGGCUGUUCUUUAGCUGCUGCCAUUGCAUCCAAUCUUGCUCUUGGCUCCACAUUGGAAGAUGCUGUACGUAGAUCUAAACUCUAUGUUUUGAAUGCUAUUGUGAGAGGAUUCAAUCCAAGUCAAAAUCAAACCGGUCAUGGUACACUUAAUCAUAAAUUAUUUUAA